AUGGCAGCACCUUCCGCACCAACUCCUCACGAGUUCUCGUACUACGCCAUCCAGGUGGUCAUGUUAAGGAACGAUACCACUCCGUUUAGGGAUCAAAGAGAGAGGGAGACCGAGGUCGUGUACCCUAGCGUACCAGCCCGCUACCCGUCGUCCACCUCCUCCCCCCGCUCGCAUGGCAAUGAUUUAUGCUCAUGCAACGACCACGCCAGUGUGGCAUCAUGGGUAAAGGCAUACACGCACGCACACGCGUGCCCAUUCUCGCCGCCCCGAGAUGAGGUGGGUGGAGGAGGCGGACGAUCGACAGCCCCGAGACCAGUGUGCUCUCUCCAGCCUCGGCGUUUGAUGUUCACCGCGGCUGAAGCAGGCAUUUCUCUCUCUCGCUCGCGCUCGCUUGCCGAAGCCUCUGCAACCGACAGCCAGACACCCAAUGCAACCUCGCUUCUUUCACCCCCUGCCUCUUGCCCAAGGUGUUAA